AUGCCAAUACCUCUUAAAAAUGUACUUGAUGAGGCAGUGAAGAUUAUAAAUUUCGUAAAAUCUCGACCAUUGAGCACAAGACUGUUCACAAUUUUGUGUGAAGAUAUGGGAAGUAUGCACAAAUCACUACUUUACCAUACCGAAGUAAGAUGGCUUUCUCGGGGAAAAACACUUGUACGCUUACUCGAAUUGCGCAAUGAAUUGUACGUUUUUUUCACCGAUCACCCAUUUAAUUUACAGCUCAGACUUAAUGAUAAAAUUUGGUUAUUUCGACUUAGUUACUUGGCUGAUAUUUUUACAAAAUUGAAUGAAGUGAACUUAUCAAUACAAGGUAAAAUGAUCACCGUUUUCACGGCAAAUGACAAAAUUCGAGCUUUAAAAAAAAAAAUUAAAUUUUGGGCUGUGUGUUUUUCUCAACAUAAAAUUGAUAGUUUUCCUUUGUUAAAGGAAUAUUUAGAAUCGAUUGAUGGUAAUAUUGAAGAUUUUGAUGAAAUAUAUGGCGAAAUUGAACAACAUUUAAAUGAAAUACUAUCGUCAUUAGAAAAAUAUUUUCCAGAAAGUAAAGACAUAGAAUUUAUCCAACGAUAUAAUUGGGUUAAAAAUCCAUUUUUAAUCAACGAUAAGCCCGAAGAUUUAUCUAUAACGGAGUAUGAAGAAUUUAUUGAAAUGACCACCGAUUCAUCUUUAAAAACUUUAUUUGAUAAAAUAUCAUUAACAGAUUUUUGGUGCAGUAGCAGUAUUACUAACGAAUAUCAAUCUCUGGCUAAAAAAGCUAUCUUAGCACUUCUUCCUUUCGCAACAACAUAUCUAUGUGAAACCGGAUUUUCAUCAUAUGCAUCAAUGAAAACCAAAUAUCGUAAUAAAUUGGAUGCUGAAGCAGAUAUGCGUAUUCAACUCUCGCCUAUCAAGCCAAAUAUAAAAAUACUGGUCAAUAAAAAAAGCCAACAUCACGGAUCACAUUAA